CCCGGCCCCAUCCGCCCCCCCCUCCCCCGCUCCCCCUAGCCCAUCCCGGCCCGGUCCCUGGGAGGAUGAAGUUCGUUUACAAGGAGGAGCACCCGUUCGAGAAGCGCCGGUCUGAAGGCGAGAAGAUCCGCAAGAAAUAUCCCGACCGGGUCCCGGUGAUUGUGGAAAAAGCUCCUAAGGCCCGGAUAGGUGACCUGGACAAGAAGAAAUACCUGGUGCCUUCUGAUCUUACAGUUGGUCAGUUCUACUUCUUGAUCCGGAAGCGAAUUCACCUCCGAGCUGAGGACGCCCUAUUUUUCUUUGUCAACAAUGUCAUUCCACCCACCAGCGCCACCAUGGGUCAGCUUUACCAGGAACAUCAUGAAGAAGACUUCUUUCUAUACAUUGCCUACAGCGACGAAAGUGUCUAUGGUCUGUGAAGCUGCCUGCCACCCCUGGGUGGGGGGGCCCUUCUCUAAGAAGAGUGAGGGUUCCCCUGUCUCUUCCCCUCCUUAUCACCUAACUACCCCAUUCUCCGAAGUUUCUUCUCCCUGCUGGAAGACAAACACCACCACCUCUUGUCAAGGCCUGCAAUUUGCAAUGUUUAAGACUCUCUUUCCCUCAGCCCAUUCUGGCUGGAGUUGGGGAGGGCAAGGGUAGAGGAGGCCCCCCCCAAUGUCUCUAUUUGAUUUUUCUCUCCCUUGGAUCUAAACCUUUUCUGCCUCUUCCUCUCUUCCCUCCAGCCGUCCCCCAAUCUCCUCUUGGUUGUCAAUUCCCAUUUUCUUUUUGUCUCACUGAUUGUUUUGGUUUCUGUUCCUUCCCAAACUCCCCAAGGGACUUGGGUUCUUACAAUUCCUCCCCUCACCUCCACCCCCUUCAUCUUCCCUCCCACGGGGUAGGGGUGGAGGGGUGGGAGUGGGCUGGGGGUGGAGAAGAUCAAUAAAGAAACCACCAACUUAA